AUGGCGGAGGGUUCGCAGGAGACGGACGAUCAAAGGGUCCAGGUGCCGCGGGCUUCGACAGCCCCCACGUUGCCCGCAAUCAUCACCACCACCGCGAGCAGUCGCAAGGAAGGCCAACGCAAUGACGAUAACAGCAAUAAGAAUGAUAGUCCCAGUGUCGCGACACCAGGACUCUUAAGGACUUCACAGUCUUUCCCUGUCGGUUCUGUCGCGUCCGAUAAUGCAUCAGGCUCAAGCGCAAAUCAGCAAGAUACGAAAAAGAAUGCCCGAUCAUCAAUUCAGAGUAAUGCCUAUGGCAGAAAUUCCAUUUCCUCCCCGACGCUCUACGGGCCCAGCGCAGAUUCGAGCGCGAUCGAUCCGCUGUCGCAACAUAUCAUUAAGCGCACCAAUACCGAACGAUCGAUUCCUCUGAAACUCCUAGGAAGAGCAUCAUAUGAAGCGGAAGCUGGCGGAACGAACGACUACUCUCCAGCUGAGCAGGGCUCGAUCCUGGGGGAUCCUGUAUUGCGCCAGAAGCCUCCCAAAGAGAAAAAGAAAGGAGUAUCGUUCCUCAGUCGGAUAAUCGGAGGCAAAAAGAAAGAGAAUCUAUCUGAAGCAGAGGACGAUGUCUCGGAACCGGACACCUUCCGCAUGGAUGCCAACGCCGCGGCACAACCGAUAGGGUUCUUUCCCAAGUUUCCCCCUCCACCAAAGUACAUCAGGGUGAAGGCAUACUACAAGAAAGACAAAACGUUCAGUAGGGUCUUUCUCGCGCAGGAAUUGACUGACACAGAGGCACCCUCGAACAACUCGGUAAAGGAUGCAAUGGGAUCGACGACAGGCACCCUAAGCGGCGGCAAUACUGGGAAAGCAAUAUGGGCGUUAUCAUUCUCGAAAGACGGCAAGUAUCUAGCGGCAGCAGGUCAAGACAGGAGGGUGCGCGUUUGGGCCGUCAUUGCCUCACCGGAUGAUCGUAAAGAGGAAGGACUCGGUGAAGUCGACGAAGCUCAAGACGGGAACGAGCCUCCGCGGCUGAAGGCGCCUGUCUUUAGGACCAAGCCGAUCCAAGUGUACGAAGGUCACACGGGAAGCGUGCUGGACCUGAGUUGGAGUAAGAAUAACUUUCUAUUGUCUUCCUCAAUGGACAAGACUGUCCGCCUGUGGCAUGUGUCAAGGUCGGAGUGUCUCUGCUGCUUUCAGCACAGUGAUUUUGUUACUUCUAUCCAGUUCCACCCCCGUGACGAUCGGUUCUUCCUUGCAGGGUCUCUCGACACUAAACUCCGUCUCUGGAGCAUUCCGGACAAAAGCGUGGCGUUCGUCGCGGCGGUCCCGGAUAUGAUCACAUCGGUCGCUUUCACCCCUGAUGGUAGGCACUCAAUUGCCGGUUGCCUCAAUGGUAUGUGCAACAUAUACGACACGGAUGGGUUGAAGGCGGUUGGGCAGAUACACGUCCGAUCAGCGCGAGGCCGCAACGCCAAGGGCAGUAAGAUAACAGGCAUUGAUACUAUUACGUUACCUCCCGGCGACCCCAACGGUGAGGUAAAGCUCCUGAUCACGAGUAACGAUUCACGGAUACGACAGUACAACUUUAGGGAUAGGACACUGGAGGCGAAAUAUCGCGGCAACGAGAACACAUGCAGUCAGAUCCGUGCCUCCUUUAGUGACGACGGCAAACAUAUCAUUUGCGGGAGUGAAGAUCGCCGGGCAUAUGUUUGGCCUACGGGUGCCGUGGAGAAGGACUUCGAUAAGCGUGCUGUUGAAGUUUUUGAAACACGGUCCGCUAUUGUCACCGCAGCUGUAAUGGCUCCGUCGAAGACAAAGCAGGUCUUGGGCUUUUCCGACGACCCAGUGUACGACAUCUGCAACCCACCACCGGUGACCUUGGUGAGCGCCGCAGAGAAGGAAAAUGUUCGCCAAAAUCGCAACUCCGACAUUGGCAAGCUGGCGCAGGAAUCCCCAUCAUAUCUCUCCCGUUCAACGCACCCUGAAGGCAAUAUCAUCAUCGUCGCCGAUUAUUCGGGCAAGAUCAGAGUUCUGCGGCAAGACUGCGCAUUCCAAAAGCGCCGCUACGAGAAUUGGGACACCCAUUCCACCUUUUCCAGGAGACUGUUGCGCCGGUCCAAUUCAGCUCGCCAUAGCAUUUCGUCUUCAAUCGGGAAGGAGUCAUCUCACAAGACACCUUCAGAGCGCAUUCUCUCUUGGCGCAACUCGGUCAUAGGGCACGACACAGCGAAGCGGGAAGGCUCCCGUCAUGGAACGAGGACUCGGAGUCCGUCUCCCCACAAGUCUAUACCCGAUGUCUCACGUUAUUCAAGUCCAGUGCGUCAAUUUUCAGGCGGAGCACCGGCCGAUUCUCUCUCGCUCACUGUGUCUCCACCGCCAUCUGCAUACAAGUCGUCCUUUGACAGUCGACGGUCCAGUGUAGAAGCCUCGAAGCGGAACGCUGAGAACGUCGGAAUGGCCCCGACCGCGAGGACAAUAGUCGCCAAGGGAAAGGAUAAGGACAACCCUUUGUGGCUACAGGGCCAACAUAGUUAUGCAUUCUGGAACAAGAUCGCCCAUGAUGCGCUGGCAGCGCAGAACAAAACCCCAUCUCAGUCACGGGAUUCGAAUAGGUUAUCUGUUCCGGGACGCAAAUUCAGUACGGGCAGCGCUUUGAGCAGUGAUUACGGCUCCUCCAACGGAGAGGGGGACGAGGGAGACGUGCUCAGAUGUGAUAACUGCCAAGGGACGAACUUUCGAGCAACCAAGUCGCGGACUGGGAAGCAGAAAUUGAUCUGCGUGCGCUGUCAUCGACCUAUCGACUAA